AUGACAGCGAUCUUCGUAUUUACCGUAUUGAUUGGCCUAUUUUGUCGUAUUUUGUCUGAUCCAGUCGGACAAUGCGACCCAAACCGCAUCAGCAACCAGUAUCUCCGUGACGACAGCAACGCGUGCGCAUUCUACCAAUGUGAAUAUCACGGCACCAGUUAUCUUCGACCCACGUUCCACGCAUGCGCACCCGGCACAAAGGUGCCAGAAAAGUACGGAGAAUCCGCCGCGUAUCCGGACUCCUCAAACCCGUGCGUCCUGCGCGUAUGGAACCCAGCUGACUGCAGACCCAGGCCGUUUUGGGGCCCGUGGGGGGAUUGGAGUGCCUGCUCAAAGACUUGCGGGACAGGGGUUGCCACAAGAGAAAGACAGUGUAAUAAUGGGCCCGGAUGCCAGGGGGCGGGGACCCAGACCCGAUCCUGCACCAAUUCUCAAUCUUGUUGCCCACCUGGGUUUGCUGUUUUCGGUAACUCCUGUUAUUCGUUUAUUACCGUGUCCGGGAGGUCGCCAUCUUGGGCGUUGUCCCGGGCAAUUUGCCAAAAUGCGUCCGCUGACCUCGUUUCCAUAGAGACCAGCGAAGAGCACGAGUUUAUCAAGACUAACCUAAGACCCAUCACCCCACCAAACAGGUUCAUUGGAUGGUACGUGGGGGGUCGGCGUCUUUCGAUUAACCCCGUCACUACACGCACGGGGGCGCCAGUGAACUCUAGGGAGGCCCGCAAGCUCCAGUUUUUCUGGGUACCUACAGGGCAACAAGUGGCUUAUGAUGGCUGGACGAAGGCGGCGGGCGUGCCCGGAGACUAUCAGCCUGACGGGAACGGUCCUUGCAUGGUCCUCUGGAUUGGAAGGCGGGAUUUUGUUGACUACGAGUUUGAUGAUUACAGCUGCAAUGGCAACGUGGGGGGAUAUGUGUGCGAAAAGGCAUUGGUUUAGCUAUGAGGAUAGCAUACACGCGAGCCAUCCAUUUCGCAAAGUAUCUCUGGCGAAAUUAUCUGUAAAGGAACUCUCCGUGGGAUUUAUCCGCAAUGAUGAAUUUUUCUGGGUUAAAGAGCAAUUUUAUACCAAUUACGACUCAUCCUCAACCUGUCCCUGCCUUUGUAUUUGGUGUCUUAUUCCACGUCUAAUUUCAUUGAUUUAGUUUUUAAAUGACUGGCCAGUCCAGUAGAACGACAUAGCCUUCGCGAUUUUCAUCUUCCUGGCCUCGUUUUCAGACAGGAAAAAGGGCGUGAUGUUUUGUA